AUGGAUUUCACACGGCGCCGGAUCGCCGACAUCAGCUCGUACACACCUACGACAACACUCAAAUCUCGUGCCGAAGCAGCUCACGGAGAUGCUGAAACUACUCCCAAUUACCACUCCAAUCUCGACGGUGUAAAUCAACCUAUGAAUAUGAUAUUUAAGGAUGCUUUGUGGUGGACCCUCGGCAUCAUGGCCCUCAUCGUUUUGUGGAUUAGAAUCAUCGAGAUUCUAUGGGCAAGACUCCGCCAUGUGUCGGCCAUGAACGUGCCCGGUCACAAGCAACAGUACUGGAAGAUCUCCCAGUGGACAUGGAUGCCCAGCUUAAAGAAGAAUAUCAUCUACGCCCCCCUGUGGAACAAACGUCACAACCGAGAGUUCAGGCUCUCUUCUGCUAUCAGCAUGGGCACUCUCCCUUCGCGACUUCACUUCACCAUCCUUUUUAUCUACCUGGGCAGCAACUUUGCCUACAUGUUCGUUCUCAACUGGGCUAAUGAGAACAUGUUUGCCUUUUGCGCCGAGCUACGAGGCCGCUCAGGAACGUUGGCACUCGUCAACAUGGUGCCCUUGAUUAUCUUUGCUGGACGCAACAAUCCUCUUAUUGCGUGGCUCAGGAUCAGUUUCGACACUUACAACCUUCUCCAUCGCUGGAUGGGUCGCAUUGUUGUUCUUGAGACUAUCAUCCAUACUGUCGCCUGGCUCAUUGCCGCCGUAGACGACAUUGGCUGGGAUGGUGCUGGCCGUCAGAUCACUGGCAUCCUCUUCUACGGCUCGGGAGCCGUAGGUACAGUAGCCAUGACCAUCCUCGCUCUGCUUUCCGUCUCGCCUGUGCGACAUGCCUUUUACGAGACCUUCCUAAACGUCCACAUUAUCUUGGCCUUUGUGGCUUUCGUUGCCACAUGGGCUCACUGCGCCUCCUCCACGCUUCCUGGAGGCUUGCCCCAGCUCCCAUGGAUCAUGGCUAUCAUGGCUAUCUGGUUCUGCGACCGACUCUCCCGCAUGUUCCGCCUUUUGUCCGUUAACUGGUCAACAAAGGGCUGGACUGAGGCAGUGUGCGAGGCCAUGCCUGGCAACGUCACCCGAGUCACCCUCCACCUGCCACGGUACAAGGACAUCGAACCUGGUACCCACGCUUACCUCCGCAUCUGGGGUGUCUCUGCGUGGGAAAGCCAUCCUUUCUCGAUCUGCUGGACCAACCACGUUCGUGACAGCAGCCUACCCAUUGCUGAGAAGGAAAGUUCAAACACAGUUGACAAGUCAACCAUGACUACGAGUGUUUCUUUCCUGAUCGCAGCCCAGACAGGAUUUACUAAGAAGCUCUACGACCGUGCUUCCCAUUAUCCUAGUGGCCUUCGCGCCAAGGCCGCCAUGGAGGGCCCUUACGCCGGACACCACAGUCUCGACUCGUAUGGCCACGCAGUCCUCUUUGCUGGAUCGACUGGGAUAACUCAUCAAGUCUCGUACAUCCGUCACCUUCUCGAAGGACACAAUCAAGGGACGACUGCCACUCGCCGUAUAACCCUUGUUUGGAUCAUCCGCGAAUACGAGUCUCUCGAAUGGGUACGACCAUACAUGGAUACAAUCCUACGUAUUCCCAAUCGAAAAGAUGUCCUUCGCAUCCAGAUCUUCGUCACCCGUCCUCAGAACCCACGCGAUAUUGUCAGUGCUAGCGCCACGGUGCGCAUGUUCCCAGGACGGCCAAACGUUCCUCUUAUUCUGGAAAGGGAGGUCCAAGAGCAGAUGGGCGCCAUGUGUGUUACAGUAUGUGGACCUGGCGCUCUUGCUGAUGACGUUCGCGGAGCUGCCAGGGCGGUGCAAGGUUCGAGUGUGGUGGACUUUGUCGAAGAAAGCUUCACCUGGUAG